CGCCGACUCAGCCCGGUCCCGAGGGCGCGAGCCCGCCGCCGCCGCCGCCGCCGCCGCCGGGCCGGGACCGCUGUGCGCCCGCGGCGUGAGGCGUGGGAGGGAGCGCGGCUGCCGUCGCCCGGCGCCGCCCGGUAGUGUCUGCCUUCGCCUCUCGGCGCCGGAGGCGCGGUCCGAGUUCUCCUUGACUGCAAUGGAAAGAGGAAAGAUAAACUAGAAUUUUUUUUUUUAAUUGUCAUUUGAUUUCUUCAGUUAUUCUGGCCUUCUGAACUGUCAACUAAAGAUGCCCCCUGAAACAUAACAGCAGCGUUGGUCGGUGCAGUGAGGCAAGAAGGCCCCCCACGUUUGCAUUCCAGGCAGAACUGGGGCUCCUUUGGAUCUUCUAGUUACAUAUUCAGUGCCUUCCGCAGUUUCCCCAGAGUUCCUCAAGAAUAACGGAAGGGAGAUUGCGGAAGCAUGAGAAGAUUCUGUAACUGAGAGGCAUCCUUCAAGCUGCUGGAAAAUAUUACAGAAGGAACACCUCCCAAAUUUUGCUUCAAACUCUGAAAAAAGGAGCCCACAGGGGAACCUUAGUCUUGCUUGUGGAUCGAAGCAAAUACUAUCACAGCGAGGAACUGGGACUUUGUGUGCGGACUCCUGGCUUGAUCUUUAUAGCAUUGGGUGUAUGUUGUUGGAACUGGCAGGCCAAGAGGCCCUGAAACCAGCAGGUGCCAUCUAUAUGGAGAAAAGCGGCUGUAGUCCAUUUCCAGUGUGUUGGGCUAAAGAAUAUGACAGAUACUUAGCAUCUAGCAAAAUAAUGGCAGCUGCUUAUCUUGACCCCAACUUGAAUCACACACCAAAUUCGAGUGCUAAGACUCACCUGGGUACUGGUGUGGAACGUUCUCCUGGUGCGAUGGAGCGAGUAUUAAAGGUCUUCCAUUAUUUUGAAAGUAAUAGUGAGCCAACCACCUGGGCCAGUAUCAUCAGGCAUGGAGAUGCUACUGAUGUCAGGGGCAUCAUUCAGAAGAUAGUGGACAGUCACAAAGUAAAGCAUGUGGCCUGCUAUGGAUUCCGCCUCAGUCACCUGCGGUCAGAGGAGGUUCACUGGCUUCACGUGGACAUGGGCGUCUCCAGUGUGAGGGAGAAGUAUGAGCUUGCCCACCCACCAGAGGAGUGGAAAUAUGAAUUGAGAAUUCGUUAUUUGCCAAAAGGAUUUCUAAACCAGUUUACUGAAGAUAAGCCAACUUUGAAUUUCUUCUAUCAACAGGUGAAGAGUGAUUAUAUGUUAGAGAUAGCUGAUCAAGUGGACCAGGACAUUGCUUUGAAGUUGGGUUGUCUAGAAAUACGGCGAUCAUACUGGGAGAUGCGGGGCAAUGCACUAGAAAAGAAGUCUAACUAUGAAGUAUUAGAAAAAGAUGUUGGUUUAAAGCGAUUUUUUCCUAAGAGUUUACUGGAUUCUGUCAAGGCCAAAACACUAAGAAAACUGAUUCAACAAACAUUUAGACAAUUCGCCAACCUUAAUAGAGAAGAGAGUAUUCUGAAAUUCUUUGAGAUCCUGUCUCCAGUGUACAGAUUUGAUAAGGAAUGCUUCAAGUGUGCUCUUGGUUCAAGCUGGAUUAUUUCAGUGGAACUGGCAAUCGGCCCAGAAGAAGGAAUCAGUUACCUAACGGACAAGGGCUGCAAUCCCACACAUCUUGCUGACUUCAAUCAAGUGCAAACCAUUCAGUAUUCAAACAGUGAAGACAAGGACAGAAAAGGAAUGCUACAACUAAAAAUAGCAGGUGCACCUGAGCCUCUGACAGUGACGGCCCCAUCCCUAACCAUUGCAGAGAAUAUGGCUGACCUGAUAGAUGGGUACUGCCGACUGGUGAAUGGAGCCUCUCAGUCGUUUAUCAUCAGACCCCAGAAAGAAGGUGAACGGGCUUUGCCGUCAAUACCAAAGCUGGCCAACAGUGAAAAGCAAGGCAUGCGGACACACCCCGUCUCUGUGUCAGGAGUCAGUCACUGUCAACAUAAAGUUAAGAAAGCCAAGCGCUUUCUCCCUUUGGUCUUCUGUUCCCAUGAUCCUCCUUCUACGGAUGAAAUUAGUGGGGACGAGACAGAUGAUUAUGCUGAGAUUAUAGAUGAAGAAGAUACUUACACCAUGCCCUCAAAAAGCUAUGGAAUAGAUGAAGCCAGAGAUUAUGAGAUUCAAAGAGAAAGAAUAGAACUUGGACGAUGUAUUGGAGAAGGCCAAUUUGGAGAUGUACAUCAAGGCGUUUAUAUCAGUCCAGAGAAUCCAGCUUUGGCAGUUGCAAUUAAAACAUGUAAAAACUGUACUUCGGACAGCGUGAGAGAGAAAUUUCUUCAAGAAGCCUUAACAAUGCGUCAGUUUGACCAUCCUCAUAUUGUGAAGCUGAUUGGAGUCAUCACAGAGAAUCCUGUCUGGAUAAUCAUGGAGCUGUGCACACUUGGAGAGCUGAGGUCAUUUUUGCAAGUGAGGAAAUACAGUUUGGAUCUAGCAUCUUUGAUCCUGUAUGCCUAUCAGCUUAGCACAGCUCUUGCAUAUUUAGAGAGCAAAAGAUUUGUACACAGGGACAUUGCUGCUCGGAAUGUUCUAGUGUCCUCAAAUGAUUGUGUAAAAUUAGGAGACUUUGGAUUAUCCCGAUAUAUGGAAGAUAGUACUUACUACAAAGCUUCCAAAGGAAAAUUGCCUAUUAAAUGGAUGGCUCCAGAGUCAAUCAAUUUUCGACGUUUUACCUCAGCUAGUGACGUAUGGAUGUUUGGUGUAUGUAUGUGGGAGAUACUGAUGCAUGGUGUGAAGCCUUUUCAAGGAGUGAAGAACAAUGAUGUAAUCGGUCGAAUUGAAAAUGGGGAAAGACUACCAAUGCCUCCAAAUUGUCCUCCUACCCUCUACAGCCUUAUGACGAAAUGCUGGGCCUAUGACCCCAGCAGGCGGCCCAGGUUUACUGAACUUAAAGCUCAGCUCAGCACAAUCCUGGAGGAAGAGAAGGCUCAGCAAGAAGAACGCAUGAGGAUGGAGUCCAGAAGACAGGCUACAGUCUCCUGGGACUCCGGAGGGUCUGAUGAAGCGCCGCCCAAGCCCAGCAGACCAGGUUAUCCUAGUCCGAGAUCCAGCGAAGGAUUUUAUCCCAGCCCACAGCACGUGGUGCAAACCAAUCAUUACCAGGUCUCAGGCUACCCUGGUUCACAUGGAAUCACAGCUAUGGCUGGCAGCAUCUAUCCAGGUCAGGCAUCUCUUUUGGACCAAGCAGAUUCAUGGAAUCAUAGACCUCAGGAGAUAUCAAUGUGGCAGCCCAAUGUGGAGGACUCUACAGCAUUGGACCUGCGAGGGAUUGGGCAAGUGUUGCCAACCCACCUGAUGGAAGAACGGCUAAUCCGACAGCAACAGGAAAUGGAAGAAGAUCAGCGCUGGCUGGAAAAAGAGGAAAGAUUUCUGACUGAGCACCCCAUGCACGCAGGAACCAUGGACCAUGUCUUUCCUAUUCGCCAUUCAGUUGGCAGUGCCUCACAUAUGGAAAGCUCUCAGUGUUGAUUGAUUGAAUGAAUGUUUCUUUUUUUUUUUUAAUGAGUUUAUUUUUGUCUUUUUGUAAAUGACUGUUUAACUUAUGCCUUUUCUAAUGCUGCUAUGUCUGACUGGAAUGCUCAGCCUCUUCCUUUCCAAUUCCCUGGAAUCUGCUUGAGGAACACCUUUUCAUCUUUAAAAAUUAUUUUCGAGUCACCUCAAGGAGGUUACAUUCCCUAUAACUGGGUUUCUCACCCUGGGCAUUGUUUAUGUUUGGCGCUGGGUAAUUCUUUGUUGUAGAAAACUGUCCUGUGAAUAGUAGGGGUUCUUAGCAAUAUCCCUGGCCUCUACCCACAAGGUGCCAGAGAAAUUUACUGAGUGCCAAGCAUGAAGCUUGAGUGAACUUAUUUUAUUAUGGUGUGUACUCCUGCAUUCUCUUUCCCAGUCUCUUGUACUCUCACGCAUGCUCACCCUUACCCUCUUUCUCUAAUAAAAGUUCCUUAAGUGCAGCAGCUAUGACUUAACUGUUUUUGUCCUGCUUCAUUUUUCUCCUAAUGUUUCUCACUGUAUGACAAUGUCUCACUUGUUUUCUUGUCUUCUACACUAAAGUGUAAGUAUCACAAAGAUGGGAACUGUAUCCAUUCAGCACUCUCCCCCAGCUCCCAUAGUACCCUUCAUUCAACAGUAAUAAGGCCCAGCCAAUAUUUAUUGAGCCAGUGAACGUACCACCGUACAAUGUGUUAAACAUCUAAAUGUUUGUUGAAUGUAAAAUAAAAACAAGUAAUGCACAAACCCAGGCGAAGUCGGUAUUUUAAUUAUUCUAUAAAUGAAUAAAUUAAAAAUUAGUGUACAUAAAAGUCACAGGGGACCUUUUAAAACUCAGUUACCCAGAACUAGAGAACUGCAGUAGCUCUGGAGAGGCCAAGGACCUAGAGUGAUAACAAGCACCCCGAUUGAUUUUGAGACAUCUGGUACCAAACCCACUUUCUGAUCUUAGGCCUGGCAGUGCUUUUCAAGAUUUGAAGCAGAUGGCAUCUUAGAAAGAUCACAUUAGGCCAAUUGCAGUGGCUCACGCCUGUAAUCCCAGCUACUCAGGAGACUGCAACAGGAGAAUUGCUUGAACCCAAGAGGCAGAGGUUGCAGUGACCUGAGAUUGUGUCACUGCACUCUAGCCUGGGUAACAGAGUGAGACUCCGAAAAAAAAAAAAAGAAAGAAAGAAAGAUCACCUUGGCCUUGAAUUGCUGCCUGAUGGCUCAGAGGGCAAGAUAGGAAAUGCAGAGAUCUGUUAGGAAGUUGAGUGGUCAUUCAAAUACGUGACAGCAGGGUCUGAGCUAGAAGAAGCAAAGUAGGGGGGAGCAGAGAAGACAGACUUAAAACAUAAGAUUUGGUGAAUUGGUAUAGGAGGUCAAGAGGAAGGAAGAAUCCAGGACAGGAAUUAUAGCAUUGGUGUCACCAAAAGUAACAUUGUGCCACCAAAUGAAACAAAAUUCAGAAUGAGGAGUUAUGUCAGGGAAACAUGAUCAUGCCGGGUUUGGACGUUUCAGAUGUGAACAUGGGAAUACAGAGGAGGCAGCUGUUAUAGGGCAUAGAGCCCAGAGGAGGUGGUCUAGGCUGGAGAUUCAGAUGUUUAGACAUCUACGUGGAAAGCUUGGCACACUGAAAAUAACACCUGUUGCAGAUGUAGCAGGAGAACCACCCUGACCAUCUGUCAGUUGGAAGGUAGUGUGUGUUUGAUGUAGAAGCUCUCGUGACACUGUUGAGUGGUGAUGGUUGUAGGUAGGUCUCUGGAUAUGCACAGACAUGCUUUACGGUCCUUCAUUUGGUGAAGAGACUCUAACAGUGAUAAUUAUAUCUCGUGGUCUUUUUUAUGCUGCAUAUAUAUAAAGAUUACUGUUGGGUUUCCAUGGUGUCUGCUAUUUACAAGCUUGUUUCUGUGUCUUGCCCUCUGACAUGAGCUAGGCCCAAAGCUAUCGGUUUGUCCUUGCAGCUACCAGGCCAGGCUGAGGCAUCUACUUUUAGGUCAAUCAGUUCAUUGUUGAAGCUGUGUGUCAGAAGUCUAUCUGUCCUCUUAUGCCGAGGAGCUUUCCAGUACAGGGCUUCUCAAACUGCAUGGAAGGGCUAUGCAGUUUUUAAACGUCGGAGACCAGUAUUCUUAUAAAACUUAAAGUAAUUGACUAGAAAAAGACAUAAAAAUAUAAGUCAAACUUUUUUGACAGUCCAAAAAUUAUGGUUUCAAAUUGCUGUAAAAAUGUCUAAAGAUGCUUAUCUUCUGUUUUUAUCUUCAUAAACUGGUUCAUUCCCAGGCCUACCCAGGCCUACUGCUCUGGUCCUGCCAUUGAAUUCAGUAAGGUCAGCUCUGUACCCUGGCUGGAGUACAGUGCCACAGUCCUAGUUCACUGCCUCCUCAACCUCCUGGGCUCAAGCCAUUCUCCUGCUUCAGCCUCCCUCCAGAGUAGCUGCGACUACAGGCAUAUGCCACCAAGCCUGCCUCAUUUUCUUAUUUUUUUAUAGAGAUAGGGUCUCACUGUGUUGUUCAGGCUGGUCUCAAGCUCCUGGGCUCAAGUCAUUCUCCCACCUCAACUUCACAAAAUGUUGAGAUUACAGGCGUCAGCCACCACACCUGGCCUCAUUCUCCCUUCUCUUGUUUCCGGGUCAGAUACUGUCCUUUCUGACAGUUCUGUGCCUACAAAUAUACCCUAUGAAAGCUGUCUUACAAAGCAAGUGCCGGAGAGUGCUGGCAGCCUUAGUUAGAACCUCAGUGGUUGAAAGGGCUUUCUUUCCUAUUGGGUAUUGCUUAAACAUAGAGUAACUUUGCAAUUCGCUUUGUAUUACUGUGUGCACAAUUUCCUAAUGUGUGGUACUCUGCUAAAAACAGAAUUUUAAUUUUAAAUGAGAAAGCCCUACGUAUAUAAAGCCUACUUUGUGUUUGAGAAAGAAAUAUGUGAGCAUUUUUCCCUCACACAGCAGAUCCAGUCAGUCUCAGUGAACACCCAAUGCUGAGAUAGGGAGCUAGCGAUAAGUGGUGAGAAGCUGUCUUGUCUGAAGCCAGACUACUGUCCUCCUCCUGCUACGCAGCAAGGUCACAGCUCUCUGGUUUCUCCCUCAUACCAGAUUCCACAUUUGAAAGCAACACAGUAUAAUGAAAGGAGAAAAGACUGAGCUAUAAGUUUUAAAUUUGAAGUUUUCUAGAGCCAUAUCAACAUGAGGCUGAACUAUUUAUUGAUGUGUCCCCACAACCUAGAACAAGGUCUUCACUGGCUGUGAGGUAACCAAAACUCUCAUCUGCUCCUGGUGAGAAUGUCCCUUUUACCUGCAACCCAACAGUUCCUCUUCUGGUAAUACGUAAAAGAAUUACGAGCAUGUGCCCAUACAUAAAAGAGUGUUCCUAACAACAUUUAUUUGUGGUAUCCAGGAACUGGAAAUAACCUACCUACUUGCCCGUUAAUAUCAGAAUGGAUAAAUAUUCAGUCAAUGAAAUACUAUACAACAAUAAAAAAGGACAGAUUCCUGCCACAUACAAUCAGAGGAAUGGAUCUUACUGACAAAAUGUUCACAAAAGAUGUCAGACACAGAAGAGUUCAUAUUCUGCAGUCCUUUUAUAUGAAACUCAGAAACAGGCAGGAGUAGUCCAUGGGGCUGGAAGUCAGAGCAGUGGUCCCUUUGGGGAGUCUGGGGCAGGUCUCAGCUGGGCAGGGUAUGCGGGGUUGCCUGCUGAGGUGUCUUGAUCUGAGUGCUGUGCUAUGUGGGUGUGCACAUAAAUAAAAAUACGUUGAACUUUACACUUAGGAUUUGUGUACUUUAUUGUACAUUAGUUAUAAUUACUUUUUUAAAAAAAGAAACUGCAUACCGGUGGGGAAAAUAGUCAAAGUUCCCCAAACAUUCUUUAUUUCUGUGAUCCAUUUAUAUAAGAUUUUAAAUAAAAGUUGCAUAAUUUUAUCUUCGGUGGUGGUGGUGGUGGUGGUGGUUGAGACUGGGCCUCACCGUCACCCAGGCUCACGUGCAGUGACACAAUCAUAGCUCACAGCAACCAUCUACCAACCUCAGCCUCCUGAGUAGCUGGGACUAUGGCAGGCCACUACACCCAGCCAAUUUUUAUUUUUAUUUAUUAUUUUAGUAGAGACAAGGUCCCGCUAUGCUGCUUUUGCGUCUCAAAUUCUUGGGGCCACGCAAUCCUCCCACCUUGGUCUCCCAUAGUACUGGAUUACAAAUAUGAGCCACUGUACCUAGCCAAUUUUAUCUUUGAUACACUGUCUUUAGAUCUAGAAUAUUCUGGAAGGGGGCAACAAGAGGAUUUUACUUCAUUCUGUAGCAGCAACAAGAGGAGAAUCUAUUCCUUUUUUCUUUUUUUUUAAGACAGGGUCUUACUCUGUCACCCAGGCUGAAGUGCAGUGGCAUCGUCUCGGCUCACUGCAACCUCCGCCUCCUGGGUUCAAGUGAUUCUCCUGCCUCAGCCUCUCUAGUAGCUGGGACUACAGGCACGUACUACCAUGCCCAGCUAACUUGUAUUUUUAGUAGAGAUUUCACCAUGUUGGUCAGACUGGUCUCAAACUCCUGACCUCAGGUGAUCCCCCCCACCUCGGCUUCCCAAAGUGCUGGGAUUACAGGCAUGAGCCACUGUGCCCAACCGAGAAUCUGUUCUUUCUGAUUGGCUGUCUUUGGCUGCAUAGCUCUUCAAUUCCCAGUUGGCACUCAUCUUUCAUUCAGGAGGUCUGUGUAUGCUGUAUGAAAAAAGAAAAGCUCAAGCAUUUAUUUCAUUCACAGAACACAAGUAGAUUUUAUAUGGCUAAGCCUUUCUCACUUUAAAAUUAAAAUCCUGUCUUUGGGAAAAUACCACAUUAGAGAAUUAUGCAUUAAAAAGUCAUAUCAUGAAAUUCAUAUGAAAAUAAAAAUAGAUGAAUUCGUGUAAAUGCAUGAAACACGAUACCUUACUCUAUAGUCAAAAAUAUAAAUGAGUUACAUUUUUUGUUUAAGUGAAACAGUAAAUAUUUCCUGCCCAUAGAAGGUACUUAUUAUCUGUUGACUGAUUGAAGCCCACCUCCACUGUUAAGAGCUUUGUUGUCCCAAGCAACUAAAUCUUUCUAAACUUCAGGUUCCUCAUCUAUAACAUAUCUCUUGUACCUUGGAUAUUAAUCGAAGCAUUCCUUCAGCAGAUAUUUCCUACACAUCUGUGCACAAUGCUGCCAGGUACUUCUUUAAUUCUGAUAAUGACUGACUGAGGUGGGUAUUAUUCUACCUAUUUUACAGGUGAGGAACUAGGCCCAGAGAGGCUAUGCCUUGUCCAAAGGGGCAUGGACCAUCAAUUCACUAGAAAAGUGCACAGGUCAUUGAUUUCCUCCACCUGUUUGUCCGGUGUUCUACCAGAUAACAGAUGCAGCAGUGAAGCAGACAGCUUCAUAUGUCUUCACGGAACUUAGCAUCUCGUGAUAAGAAAUAGAAAUGUUCAACUAUUUGGGGAAAGGAAGGAGAAGCAAAUCACAACAAUAUAUUAUACAGUAUUUUCUUUAUGAAUUGAUUGAGAGUUUUUUUGUUUUGUUUUGAGAUGGAGUUUCGCUCCUGUUGCCCAGGCUGGAGUGCAGUGGCAUGAUGUCAGCUCACUGCAAUCUGCACCUCCUGGGUUCAAACAAUUCUCCUGCCUCAGCCUCCCAAGUAGCUGGGAUUACAGGCAUGCACCAUUAUGCCUGGCUGAAUUUUUGUACUUUUAGUAGAGACGGGGUUUCUCCAUCUUUGUCAGGGUGGUCUCAACCUCCCGAGCUCAGGUGAUCCACCCAACUUGGCCUCCCAAAAUGCAGGGAUUACAGGCAUGAGCCAGUUGAGAGUUUUAAAAUGAUAAUACAGAUACAGAAAUAGUCAGUAUCACAUAUUACUGACAUAGAUGGAAAUCAGGACAGCCUUGAGCAAUUUGGAAACUUUUAGCAAGAUUUUUCAAGUGUUCCAACCCUUUGACUUAGUAAUUUCUUUCUUAGAAAUCUGCUCCAGGCUAGGGAUAGUUGUGGAGACAGCAAGGUCACUUGAGCACAGGAGUUUAAGACCAGCCUGAAUAACAUAGUCACAGCCCUGUCUCUAAAAGAAAAAGAAAAGAAAUCUGUCCCAGGGAAAUAAUCAGGGACUUAGUUCAAGAUUUGUAUAUAAAGGUAUUCAUCUACAACCUAUUUAUAAAGGAUUUUGAAAAUGACCCAAAUGUCCAAUAGUAAAAGAACUAUUUAUUUUAACGUUUAUAUGGCACCAACCUAGUACUUUGCAAAUAUUUUACAGUUACUGUUCCGUUUUAGAGAUGAAACAAUUGAGGCCCAGGUCACACAGCUUGUAAGGUCUGGAGCCUGAUUUGAACCCAGGCCACCUGGUGCCACAGCCCACACCCUUCUCUACCUUUGUCUAUUUUGUGAUGAUAUUCAUGCAGUGGAAUAUUGUGCAGCCUUAAGCAUUGUUUUGUCAGUUUCCUCUGUAUAAAUAUUACAGGAAGGCUGCAGAAUCAUAUGAUGUGGGUCCAUGUUUGUAAAUAUACAUUUACAUCACAGUAUUAACUAAUAAUUACUUUUACAUGUUCAUUAUGCCAUAAUAUUAGCUAAUGAUAAUUACUUCCAAAGGGUAAGGUCGAGUGAUUUGUAGUUUUUUCAUCUGUUUUUUGUAGUAUCUUAAUUUUUCUACAGUAAGUGCAUGUUUCUUUUGUUAGAUUAUUGACUACCAAGGAUAUAUACAAUAUUUUAAAAUAACCAAAAUCAUAUAACUAUUAAAUGACCAUGUCGUAAGUUGGGCCCGCUGGGUCUUUUGUUUUCUUAGACUGUAGCUCUAACUGGGCGUGGUGGUAUGCAUCUGUAAUCCCGGCUACUCUAGAAACUGAGGUGGAGGAUUGCUUGAGGCCAGGAAUUCGAGGCUGUAAUGCACUAUGAUUGUGCCUGUGAAUAGCCGCUGCAGUCUGACCUAAGCAGCAGAUCAAGACCCUGUCUCUUAAAAAUAAUAAAAGACUGUUGUCCUUCCUUCUUCAGUAGAGUCAAACAUGGUCACCUCCACCCACCCUCUGUUUAGAGCCCUUCAACAGGACACCUAAGCAGACCUAGCUCCCAGCUGUUCCUCAAGUGAAUAGGCAGAGGGGGAAAGGAUAGUUUCAGGCUUUUUAAGAGUUGCAAGAAUAGUACAAAGAAGUCCCACAUUCCCUUCACCUGGAGUCCCCAGUUGUUAACAUUUGACCUCCUUUGCUUUUCCUAUUUGUACAUACCAUUUUUUUGAACUAUUUGGAAGUGAAUACCAGAUAUCCUGCUUUUUACUUUUAAAUAGUUCAUUGUGAAUUUCCUAAAAGUAAGGAUGUUCUCUUAUAUAACCACAGCCGAGUUAUCAAUGUCAGGAAAUUAACAAUUAUAUGAUACUGUUUGCUAAUCAACAGACUUUGUUUUACCAGUUGUCCACAGAAUGUCGUUUCUAGAAAAAAGUCCUGGAUCUUGGGUUGUAUUUAGUUAUCACAUGUCUUGAGUUUCCUUUAAGCUUGAACAGUUCCUUGGUCUUCCCAAAAUCUUUCCUGACCUUGAUACUUAUGUUAAGUAAUGUUCUGUGAAUUGUCAAUCUGAAGUUCUCUCAAGUACAUUUUCUCAAAGUUCAUUGUGUUUUGGAAUAUUUUUCUUAAGUAUAUCUGGGAUGUUAGGGACCCACAAAGCUGCCUCUUCAUUCAGGCAGUGGCAGAACCCCAGCAUUCAAGGGAAUAGGAUCUGUGAGUUCUACUCGUUGGAAUAGGACCACCCCAGUGAGUUCUCCCUCAGUUGUCAGUUGGAAUCAAUGGUUGAAGUAUCACAUGUGUUUGCCUGGUUUCCGUUCUGCCUAUUCAUGUCUAUCUUACCUGUCAGAGAAGAUUCUAUCCUAGAAGUCAGGGACUACCUCCCUCUGAAUUUCCUCUUGAGCUGUAUUUCACACCCAGCCACAACUGUCCACAUGUAAUGGGAUAGUUCUCUCUGGUAAAAAACACAGCAUACUUUCUGUCCCAGUCGCCAAUUGCAUGUCUCUGGGUUUAACUUCUCCUUUAUGGGGACUAGUUAUAUAUAUAUCACAUCGGCAGAAAGAAUUCAUUUUUUAAAUUAUCGUUCCUUGGUAUUAUAGUGUAUAUAAACACAGUACAGUGUUUUAAGUUAUGCUCUUCAGAGUUCAGAAAUAUUUAUUCUGAACUUUUCUGUUUUAUUGAUUGAUAGAGUUCUAACAUAGCGGAGUCUCGGUCAUUCACCCAGGCUGGAGUGCAGUGGCACAAUGAUAGCUCACUACAGCCUCAACUCUGGGGCUCAAGCCAUUCUCCCACCUCAGCUUCUCCAGUAGCUGGGACUCAGGCACACACCAUUGUGUCCAGCUAAUUUUUAAGAUUUUUUUCUUUGUAGAUAUGAGUUCUCACUAUGUUGCCCAGACUGGUCUUGAUAUCCUGGCCUCAAGGGGUCCUCCCACCUCAGCCUCCCUAACAGCUAAAAUUACAGGCACACACCAUCACACCCAGCACUGCAUUUGAGGAUUUAGGUCAUUUUCCACCCUAUAUUUAGCUAUUGUUUUUAAUUUUUAAAAUUUUUUUUUUCUUGAGACAGAAUUUCACUCUGUCACCCAGGCUGGAGUGCAGUGGCACAAUCUCAGCUCACUGCAACCUCUGCCUCCCGAGUAGCUGGGACUACAGGCGCAUGCCACUACACCCAGCAAGCUUUUUGUAUUUUUAGUAGAGACAGUGUUUCACCGUGUUAGCCAGGAUGGUCUUGAUCUCCUGACCACGUGAUCCACCCACCUCAGCCUCCCAGAGUGCUGGGAUUACAAGCGUGAGCCACUGCACCCAGCCUUAAAUGAAUAUUUUUACAUUAAAGGGAACUUUUUUUUUUAAUGUAGUAGCUUGAAAGUUAAUUCAGUCAACAUCGAUGUGCUCCAGCCAGUGACUAAGGUUAUGGGGCUGAUAUACAUGAGCUAUUUUGUAAUUCUGUUGAAUCAUCAGAUAACAAGAAAGCUGUGACUUUUGCCCUCUUUGCUUACUCCCUGCUAUCAGGGCUAUCUAUUUUCUUUCAGGAUGCCUCUGAUUAUUAGAAUGUUCUUCCAUAAGUGAUCCAAAAUCUGCCCUAAAUUCAGGGACAACACACAAGUUUCACCUUUUCCCAUAUGGAAACCCUGCAGACUGUUAGCAACAGUCAGCCAUAGCCCCCUUUUAGUGAUUAGCCAUCAGGAGCUCCUUCACCCACUUCCUGGUAGGACCUGUUCUCAGACCUCAGCAUUCACUACCUCCAGGCACUGUGCCUGGAAGGGAAGGAAAUGGGGAAGGGAGGAAGUAGGCACAGGACCAUGCAGGGCCCCUGUCCUGGAAAGUUCACCUCUGUGCCAUCAGAGGAUCACUCUUACCUUAAUUGUGGCUGUGUCCUUUACCAACUUCCCACUACACCUUGGCACCGACAACUGACCCCAGGCUUUGAUUAGAGACAGUUAAGACAGAAGGCAAAAAGACUAGUAGGAACUGGUACAAUGAAGAGGGUUUGGGCUACAGCACUGGACUUGGGAAAGAAGGGAGAGGUGAAGCUCAUUUCUCCAUCCCCUGCCCAGCAAUUGAUUGCAGAUGUUGUUCUCAGGGGCAGGCUCAGAUGUGGGAAAUAGGAGCUACGAAGACUAAUCAGGCAUCAAGAUGCUCCAUCUCUAAUGAGGGAACUAAUUACUGCGUGGUAUCUGCCAACAUAGAGAUAUCUGUAAGGCACAGGCUAAGAAGCAACCAGCUCUGCUUGAAGAGGGAAACAUGCUCCCAAGAAACGGUGUGUGGCUGAGCCUUGAAGAGUGAAAGAAGUUUUGCAGGCAGAAAUAUGUGGCCAGUGUUCCUGGGCCAAGGGAAGGCAGGAGCCACUGUGGCUGAAGGCUCCACAGAACCCAUACUGCAAGAGCACGGGGUUGUUUUCAUGAGGAAAAGCCUUGCUGCCCUGCUACUUCACCAUAAAGACUUACAUCCUACUUUGUUUUUUCUGAUAUUUCUGUGCCAUUAUUUACAUAAACUCUAGAUUUCUCUGCUUGGUUUCUAUAUUCUAGAUGCAGUGUGGGAAAACAGUCUCGUCAUUGAAUUCAUUUGCUGCUUUGGCAAGACAGCCAAAUCCGUAUAAGCCGUAUUCUGUCAGGAAGCAGAAAGUAAUGCCUUAUAUUUUUAUCCUGGGAUUGAGGGUCUCAGUGAAGAAGAAAGCCUGCUGUGCUACUUGGAAUAGAAGUGGACUGCAGGUUCUCCAGCACUGGGUGGGACCGGGUACAGGUGCCAGUCUGUAAGGUGUAUGUGUGUUUGGAGAGGAAUGGGGUUCUUCCCAAGGCAGCUAGCCUUUGUUCAUCAUCACUGGACAUUUUUGAAACUGGGAAACUUUCAGCUCUUCUUAUUCAGAGGACAACUGUGUUAAAAAGGAAGGAAUUUAAUAUAGAAUCUGUCAAUAAUUUUCAAAUCAAAAAUGAA